CUCUCUCUCUCUCUCUCUCUCUCUCUCUCUCUCAAGCCAAUUGGAAUAAUCUGUUAAAUCACCCAAGAAAUACACAAACUCAGAGCCCCGUCACCCAUAUCUCACUUUCCUCCAAACAAAAAUAAAAUAAAAUAAAAAACUAUCUUUUCACCGUCAGAAGCAAAAUAUUAUAGUGUUUACUAGUCUUUAUGCUCUGAUUUGAGGUUCCACAACUACAGUUAAGCCCUUGUUUUGAACUGCGGAAUGUAUAGUUUAGGUAAUGUCCCAAUAAACAAUAUUUUUUCUUAAUUUCUUUAUGUAGGUGUGUCAAUAUUUAUAUGUUUUCUUGAAAGUUGUUAACUGAGGUGGGUGGUUUAGAAGGUCAUAGUUGAAGUUCUUGAAUUUGCAGUGGAAAUGGGUAUUUUGGGGUGCUGAGAGAAUUUACAAUGGAUCUUGAAACUGGGAACUAUCAGAAUCUUGUUAAGAAAGAAUCUUGGAGAACUGUAUUGACAUUGGCUUAUCAGAGUUUGGGUGUUGUAUAUGGGGAUUUGAGUAUAUCACCAUUAUAUGUGUACAAAAGUACUUUUGCUGAAGAUAUUGAACACUCAGAGACCAAUGAAGAAAUCUUCGGGGUUCUCUCUUUUGUGUUUUGGACAUUAACUUUAAUUCCUCUUUUGAAAUAUGUGUUCAUUGUGCUCAAGGCUGAUGAUAAUGGUGAAGGAGGAACAUUUGCACUGUAUUCACUUUUAUGUAGACAUGCUAGAGUGAAUUCAUUGCCUAGUUGCCAAUUGGAGGACGAGGAUUUGUCGACUUAUAAGAAGGAUAUUAUUAGUCCUGCACCAUCAACUUUUGGGGCAAGGCUAAAAUCUACCUUGGAAAAGCAUAGAGUGUUGCAAAGAAUUUUGCUUGUGUUGUCUCUGAUUGGUGCUUGUAUGGUGAUUGGGGAUGGUAUAUUAACUCCUGCGCUUUCGGUUUUUUCAGCAGUUUCUGGUGUUGAACUUGCUAUGUCAAGAGAGCAUCACAAAUAUAUAGAAGUCCCAGUUGCUUGUAUAAUACUGAUAGCCUUGUUUGCCCUGCAACAUUAUGGCACCCACAGGGUUGGAUUCUUGUUUGCACCUGUGGUCAUAACGUGGCUUUUGUGCAUCAGUGUGAUUGGUCUAUAUAAUAUACUUCACUGGAAUCCUCACAUCUAUCAAGCUCUAUCCCCGUACUAUAUGUACAAAUUUCUAAAGAAAACACAAAGAGGAGGUUGGAUGUCCUUGGGCGGGAUCCUGUUGUGUAUAACAGGUUCAGAAGCAAUGUUUGCUGAUCUAGGACACUUCUCCCAGUUGUCAAUAAAGAUAGCCUUCACAACCAUUGUUUAUCCUUCACUGAUCCUUGCAUAUAUGGGACAAGCUGCUUAUCUCUCUCGGCACCAUUAUAUUGAAAAUGAUUACCGCAUUGGAUUUUAUGUUUCCGUACCUGAGAAAUUAAGAUGGCCAGUUCUGGUGAUUGCUGUACUUGCUGCAGUGGUAGGAAGCCAGGCGAUCAUUACCGGAACUUUUUCUAUCAUAAAACAGUGUUCUGCAUUGGGAUGCUUUCCGAGAGUAAAAAUAUUGCACACAUCGUCAAAAAUUCAUGGGCAAAUUUACAUCCCUGAAAUCAACUGGAUUUUAAUGCUCUUAUGUCUGGCUGUCACAAUAGGUUUCAGAGACACCAAACGUAUGGGUAAUGCUUCAGGUCUGGCAGUUAUUACUGUAAUGCUAGUCACCACUUGCUUGAUGUCUAUAGUUAUAGUUUUAUGCUGGCACCGGAGCGUCCUCAUCGCAGUUGGUUUCGUCUUAUUCUUCGGAACAAUCGAAGCCCUUUAUUUCUCGGCUUCUCUAAUCAAAUUUCUGGAAGGAGCAUGGGUACCCAUCGCCCUGGCAUUUGUUUUCAUGAUAGUGAUGUGUAUCUGGCACUACGGGACACUGAAGAAGUACGAGUACGAUGUUCAAAAUAAGGUAUCUGUUGACUGGCUACUUGGCCUCGGUCCGAGUUUGGGCAUUGUUCGGGUUCGUGGCAUUGGCCUUAUACACACAGAACUCGUAUCUGGAAUCCCAGCAAUUUUCUCCCACUUUGUUGCCACUCUUCCGGCCUUCCACCAGGUUCUCAUUUUUCUUUGCGUUAAGUCAGUCCCAAUCCCUCAUGUUAAACACGAAGAACGGUUUCUUGUGGGACACGUUGGUCCAAAAGAGUAUCAUGUGUACAGAUGCAUUGUUCGAUAUGGUUAUCGUGAUGCUCACAAGGAUGAUUUACAGUUCGAGAAUGAUCUUUUCUGUAGUAUAGCCGAGUACAUUCGGACUGGAAGAGGAGGUUUAAGCGAAGAAAAUGAAGAUUCGACAAAGCAAUGUGAGGGAAUGAUGGUGGUGGGAACUCCUUCAACUCAUCUAGAUGGGAUUAAGAUGUGUGUGGAGGAAGGGGCAAAUCCAGAAGAUGCUGGAACAUCUGAGCUUAGAGAAAUAGAAACACUCUCUCCACCAGUGAUCAAGACUAGGAAAAGGGUAAGAUUUGUGAUUCCAGAGAGCCCGAAAAUUGACAGAGAUGCUCGUAAAGAGUUGCGCGAACUGAUGGAAGCUCGAGAAGCCGGCGUAGCCUACAUUUUGGGACACACAUAUGUGAGAGCAAAGCAAGGCUCAAAUCUAGUGAAGAAGAUUGUUAUAAAUUUUGGGUAUGAUUUUUUGAGGAGGAACUGUAGGGCACCAACCUAUGCAUUAAAUAGUGUACCUCAUGCCUCAACAUUAGAAGUGGGAAUGGUGUACCAUAUAUGAUAUGAUUACAGAGGAAACUGCAACUAAUCUGUACAUGUGUUUUGCAAUUUACAUACUAGAUAAAAUGUUAUAACAUGGACAACGGUAACAGUAUUUUUCUCAAUAAAUCCGAGAUCCGAUGCAUAAAUAUUUUUUUGUUA